AUGUACUCCAAGCCCAGUCGCAACUUGAUGCAGCUCUUGCUGCUGGCAACACUUGCCACAAGUGGUUGCAUGGCGUCGGAGAGCAGCGAUAAGACGCUGCCAAAACGGAGUCUGGGGGAUUCCUCCAUUCCCUGGGCCUCCACAAGCAGUGCACAACUGGGAGCUGGUGUUGCCUGGAAUGCAGGUGGGGGCGGAGGAGCUGGUGGCUGGUCAAGUGGCGGAUGGAGUGGCGGACACAGUCCACUGAAGACGGCACCGUCACCCAACGAGGUGGCCAAUGCCAUCUCAGCUGCCAAGCAGGCGUCGGCCAAUGUGCUCAUCGCCCAGCAGCAGAUGCAGGCGGCCAAGGAGAAUGUGUUGAAUCAGCAGCGUAUUGCCAUGGAGAAGGAGACGCAUGCGGCAAUUCUCACCCAGAAAUCGGAGGCUGCCGCUGCCUCGGCCCUGCAGAGAUCCGCUCAUGCGGCGGCCGCUGAGAUCCAGAAGUCCGAGUACGAGGCAUCCAAGUUCGGGCAGUUCACGCGCAAUGGCAACGCUGGCGCCGCUCAUCACCUGACCAUCAUCAAGGACACGGCUCUCUCUCCGAUCACGGCUGGCACCAAUCAUGUGACCAACCUGGAGUCCCUCGGUCUGGGUCCUUGGCUGAGUGGCAACAGCGUGGGCAAAGCCUCCGCUGCUUCUAGCUGGUUGUAAGUAGCAGUUGUACCCUUUAAAUCG